AUGUCGUUUAGGGCAGACACAUCGAGGGCGACAUCGUUGCCAUCAGCAUUGGAGCACGCCUUAGAUGCGGAAGAUGAAACAGUAGUGGGGGGUUUUGCAUUGUCGAUGAUUCCAUGCAACAUCCAUGAGGAUUUUGAUCCUUCUCAUGAUCAUGAUGAGCCUGCCAACAGUUCCAACAGCUUCUCCCAUCAGCAGGAAUGUUUUGAAGGUAUUCCAAAUUUGCGGCCCACUGCUUUGGACUCAGAGGAUGGUGUUGAUUCUCAACAGGCAGACUUAUUUGGUGAACAGGGCAGUUUUGGUCUUGCUGGAUGGGAAACUGUAGGUGAAGAUGAUGACGUGUGUUUAGACAACGGUUUGUUGGCUCCGCAAUUAGAUGAGGGCAUUGACUGGCUUCUUCGUUUGAACGAGGAUGAUGCUACAAGUCGGGGCCUUUGCACUGAGCGUUUGAGACCUGAUGUGCAACAGGCGUCUGAACCUGUCAGACCUGCAUUGCCUGGUUUUGGAGUUGACCACAGCAGAUGGGCUUUGGAAGACAGCUCACAAAAGUUUUUCUGGGAGACUGAUCCUUUUUUGAGUGACGUUUUUGGGCAGUGCAAUAUCCAUGGCCCGGAUCUCAAGCGUCCUGCUGUUGACAUUGACUUGACUGAUCGACUGCAGACUAAUGUGAUGUCACUACUGCAGAAGCCUAAGCAGUCAAGGGUUUCUGGGUUGUGUGAGCAAGUCAUCAAACAUGUCGAGAUGAAGGAUGAGGCUGACAAGAGACAAAGCGUCAUCUCAAAUUGGACGAGUCUAGUGUGCAUCAGUCUGGAUGCCUUUUCAGUUGGUGAUGCAAUUCUGGCUGGAGGUAACAAGGUUACCCACAUGGAUGUCGAGCAGAGCCUGAAAGCUUGCUUUGCCAGGAAGGCCACCUCAACACUGGCGAAGAGGUUCUAUGCCCUGAAUAGGUUCGUGAAUUUUUGUGGACAACGUGGUUUGCAGUUUUUUCCUUUGAGGGAGCAUGUUGUAUUCACAUACCUGCAGGGCUUGUUGCGAGAUGAUACUACUGCAGCAAGUGCUGGCAAGUCGUUUUUGGAAGCCUGCCAGUUUGCCAAAGGAGUCUUGGGGCUGCGAGGUGAUUUGGCUGACCUUGGUACUGCCCGAGUUGAUGGGGUUGCAACUGAACUUUGCAUGCGUGCAGGGCCAAUUGCUCAGGCAGCUCCGCUAUUGGUGACUCAGGUAGUUGCUUUGGAAAAGCUUGUUGCCACGACACCUGACCUGAAGGACAGAGUGCUUUUUGGGGCCAUGCUCAUUCUACUUUAUGGAUGUGGCAGGUUUUCUGAUGGACAAAGGGCUGUCAACAUUAUUUUGGAUGUUGAUGUAGCUGGCAUUGACCCUGAUUCAUUGGAUUGCCCGGGGUACUUGGAGCUUCAGGUUCUUGGAAACAAAGGUGCGCGUAGUGAAGUUUUGCGACGAACCUUUUUACCACUUGUGGCUCCUAUUUAUUCACUGGGUAGCUACGACUGGUUCAGGGCAUGGUUGCAGUCACGUGAAGCUUUGGGGCUGGAGACUGGUGGCAGGUUGAAUGCCCCGCUGCUGUGCAGGUUUGGGGUUGAUGGGAAGCCGCUCCAGCAGGAAGUCACCUCUUCUGAAUGCGGCAAGCUACUACGUGAGGCGCUGCGUGUCGGGCAUGGCAAGGGCUGUGCAGUGAAAUCACACAGCCUCAAGGCUACAGCACUGUCAUGGGCUGGAAAACAUGGCCUGGAUCUGGAGACCAGAAGGCUGCUUGGGCACCAUUUAGAUGCCAACGCAAAAUCAGCUGAAGCCUACAACAGGGACAGCAUGGGUCCCGCCGUGGCGAAGCUGGUAGGAACUUUGCAGGCGAUCAAACAAGGUGUUUUCUUGCCCGAUGCAACACGAUCUGGACGCUUCGUCAGUCAGGCUCAAGAUGACAUACCUGCAAACCAAGAGCAGUCGGACUCUGACAGCAGCUUUGUGCCGUCAUCAAGUGAUUCAUCUGAUAGUGAGGACGACAUUUUCUCUGGUCCAGCUGACUCAACCUUGUUGUGGCAUCUGGUUGUGCCUGAUUUACGGCCGGGGUUUGUUGACAUCCCUGAGUCAUGCACAGUUUACAGAAACAAUGUCUCGGGCAUGCAGCAUUUGAAGCUGCAUGGAAGCGUCAAGUUCCUUUGUGGCCGCCGUGAAUGCAACAGGUACACCUACUUUGCCGGGAAGCCCGUGAAGGGCGUGGCAAUGUGUGAGCAUGGGGAGCAAAGACCUCGUCUCACGUCAGAGCUGCGCGCUGACAAGACUGGCGCACUGCCUGUGGAUGUCGCCCUGGAGCAACUUCACACUUCGGCAUCGGUGGCCUUCCACUUGCUUCCGUUGCCUUUGGGCUCUGGCGGCAACACGGGUGUCAAGAGGAAAGCAAGUGAGGAUGACGAAGCACCCCAGAAAAAGCAGCCCAAGCCAUCGCCAAAGAAGAAGCCAUAG